CUCAGUCCCCCGCGCGGGCGCGGGUGGAUCUCCCGGGCCCCGACAUCUUCUUGGGUCACUUCCAGGCCUCACUCUAGACGCGUGACUCCUCUUUUCCCCCCCACGCCACCCGGGCCGUGUCAGGCCGGACUACAUUUCCCAGGAGUCUCGGCGGCUAGGCGAGGCGUCCGGCGCCUCACGGGGCGGUGCUGACUCCGUUUCCCAGGCAGCUUUGCGGCGGACGGGCUCUGGAGAUUGCGCUUCUCAGAAUCCUUUCGCGCGGUCCCUCUCCCGGCGUCUCUGAGCCGUCGCGCGACUUCGACUCCCGCAGGCCUUUGCGACUGACUAGGGCGACUACGCUUCCCAGAGGCCUCUGCGGCGCUAUCGCCGGAAGCGGCGGGCGAGUGGAGUGUCCUUGCGCGCGGAGCCGAGCGACCAUGGUGCCCCGAGUGUGGUCGCUGAUGAGGUUCCUCAUCAAGGGCAGUGUGGCCGGGGGUGCCGUCUACCUGGUGUAUGACCAGGAGUUGCUGGGGCCAAGCGACAAGAGCCAGGCCGUCCUUCAGAAGGCUGAGGAGGUAGUCCCCCCAGCCAUGUACCAGUUCGGCCAGUACGUGUGUGAGCAGACCGGUCUGAAGAUGCCCCAGCUCCCAGCCCCUCCAAAGUUUAACUUUCACAUCCGCGACACCUGGAAUUCAGGCAUCAUUACGGUGAUGUCGGCCCUGUCGGCGGCCCCCUCCAAGGCCCGCGAGUACUCCAGGGAGGGCUGGGCGUACCUGAAGGAGCGAACCAAGUAGCCUGUCAGAAGAGGCCACCUGCCCCGGUCAGGAACAGGGGCAGGGGCACCAUAGACCCUGAGACUCCAGACUGGGACUGGGACCCCACUCCAAGGGCAGCUCCUGGCCUUGCCGGCCCAAUAAAGGACUUUGGAAGAAGUG